AUGAUGAACGCAAACGAAAAUCAUGGAGCCAUUCAGCAGCAUGCAAUACGAAACACCCUCGAGCACCUUUCUGGUGAAAUACAGAUAUUACUGCAAAACGAAAGCCUCUAUGAGAAUCGUAUUCGCGAACUUUCAACAAAUUUGGGUGUUUUUCAAACAGCAUACUCUGCUAUGGAAGACCGGCUUCGAAGACAAGCGGAAGAGAAAAAUGAAUUGUUACACGAGUUGAACACCUUAAAAGGACUGGAAAAACGAGUUAUAUGUUUGCUUGACGGCGACGGAAUGAUCUUCACCCAGGAAUUGAUGAGCCAAGGCCAGGAAGGUGGCCUAGCUGCUGCGAGAAAACUGACCGAACGCGUUCGCCAAUUCAUAUCUACCACUGAAGGAUUUGAACAAUACCAACUUUGGGUGUAUCUCUUCUACAACAAACGCGGCCUUCUAGAGACGUUCGGCCGAGUGGGUCUGACGACGGUUAGAGCCAAGUUUGAUGACUUUAUGAUGGGCUUCAAUCAAGCUGCUGAGCGAUUUAUCAUGGUUGACGUGGGAGGUAGCAAAGAAGCUGCUGAUGCAAAGCUUAAAGUCCAUCUUGAAGAUAACAUCCGUCUUCCACACACUUACAAAAUAUUCUUCGGUGGAUGCCAUGAUAAUGGCUAUGUGCACAACCUUCGUUCUGUUGUCACUUCGAGCCUUGGUCAUAAACUUGUUCUCAUGCCUGGUUAUUCUGAUGUAGCGAUUGAUAUCAGAGCGCUUCAGCUACCUGAGCUCAGAAUACCCGAGCUGUUUAUGACGACUAAACUCGUGGCACCGUCUUAUAAUGCCAUCGCGACCGGUCCCCUGCUCGGACUGGCGCCUACUACUCCAAAAUUGAGCGCACCGCAACCUGUCUGUCCUCCUACUACUCCGCCUGGUAUCAGCUCUUUUUCUGGAGAAGGCCAGGGAGCAAUGGCUCGGCGCGGAAGUCUCCCAAGUUAUAAAUCAGUGUUGCAAACACCGUUAACAAUGUCGACGCGGUUUAACUGCCCAUCAAUGGAGCCAAGUGAGGGUAGUAGCGAGUCCAGCGAAGCGAGCGAGAUUCCGCUUGGCUUGCCGCGAUUGACCCCUCCUUCUCCACCGAAGCAGCGACGUAUCAAUAACCAGGUGGCAUUAUCUAAGCAUGUCCCGCCUCCGUGCACUUUAUUCUAUUUGGCGCAAUGCAGGCACGGUCCAAGUUGUAAAUAUUCGCAUGAGUAUAUCUUAGAAGCGGAACACUAUCAAGAACUAGGAGAGAAUGCAAAGAAGACGCCUUGUAAAGUUACAAACGAAGGCGGAGAUUGUCCAUUUGGAGAUGAAUGCGUUUAUGGACAUUCGUGCCCGAACGGUACAACUUGUUAUUUCCUGAAGUUAGGAAAAUGUAAAUUCGUUGCUGGUGAGGCAUACCGUCACUCUGCACAUAAAACCACCUUCAUCUUCGCUUCAGCUGGUAUGCACCGGCAACCGAACAACUGA